UCACCCGCAUCCGCUCCUCCUGCCCCGAACACACAACGCCGUCGUCCGCCACUCGCAGCUUCCCACGCCCCCGCGCCCACCCGGUACACGUACUCCCCGGCCCAGCACCAACCCUCCUCGUCACCACUCUCUCUUUACUUUCCCUCGCGCGCUCUCUCUCUUUCUCCAUUGCUGCCCCCUUGAUUCUCGCACAGGAGGCCACGGCUCGCGCUCUCCCUGGCUGACACGGCGGUGGGCUGCUCAGGCGCGUGGUGCGGCGGGCGCUGGUGUGGUUUGGGGCUGUUGAUACUGCCGUGAGCUAGUGAUGGCGACUGCGGUGUUCGCCGGGGAGGGGACCGCCGCGCGCGGGGGGUGCUCGGCGGAAUGCGCCGGCGGGAUCGAGAGGCCGCCGGAUCUCGGGAGCAGGGCGCGUGCCGCGGGGGACGGGUGCGCUAAGAGGAGCGUGUACCUUAUGGAGUGCGUGCCGCUGUGGGGCUGCGCCGCGGCGCGCGGCCGCGCCGCGGAGAUGGAGGACGCGUGCGCCGCCGUGCCGCGCUUCGCUGCCCUGCCGGCGCGGAUGCUCGCGAGCAGCCGUGAGCUGGACGGGAUCGGGGGUGACUUCGACGCCGCGGAGCUCCGGCUUCCGGCGCACCUCUUCGGCGUGUACGAUGGACACGGCGGCUCGGAGGAGCGAUUUGCAGGGGGAAAUGAAAACGACGGAUGGUGGCCUGUAACUUUUACAAGCGUAUUCAAAGUCGCGAACUACUGCCGGGAUAAGAUCCACGUUGUGUUAAGAGAGGUGCUGAAAGCUGGCAGGGGGUUGGAGGAAUUGGGGGAAGUAGGGGAGGUGGACGUGAAAGAACCAUGGGAGAAGGUUUUUGGUGAUUGUUUCCAGAAGGUAGACGAGGAGGUGUCGGGGAAAGCCAUCAGGUUUUCCAAUGGCGCCACGGAGCUCCGUCCGGAGCCUAUUGCUGCUGAUAACGUCGGUUCCACCGCCGUUGUUGCCAUUGUCUGCUCUUCUCAUGUCAUAACUGCAAAUUGUGGAGAUUCACGCGUGGUGCUCUGCCGUGGGAAGGAGCCGAUUGCUCUGUCCGUCGAUCACAAACCUGAUAGGAAAGAUGAGCGUGCCAGGAUUGAGGCCGCUGGUGGGAAGGUCAUUGACUGGAAUGGUUAUCGUGUCUCUGGUAUUCUCGCAAUGUCACGGUCAAUCGGUGACCGAUACCUGAAACCAUUUCUGAUUCCAAAGCCAGAAGUCAGCAUUGUUGCUCGGGCAAAAGAUGACGACUGCCUCAUUCUAGCAAGCGAUGGUCUCUGGGAUGUCAUGUCAAAUGAGGACGCAUGCAAAGUUGCCCGGCGACAGAUCCUUCUGUGGUACAAGAAUAAUAACGACGGUGCGAAUUCUGAUGGAGGCAGCGAACCCACUAUGAACCCUGCUGCAAAAGCAGCCGCUGAUUGUCUCGUGAGGCUAGCGCUGUCGAAAGGGAGCGGGGACAACAUUAGUGUCAUUGUUAUUGACCUGAAAUCAAGAAAAAAGACCAAGGGCAAAACCUAACAUGCCCAUAAUUCACCCAACUAGCUGACCAUGUCUGGAGUUUCGUCCGCUAGUCUGCUUCCCUUGCAAGAACGGCACUCCUACUUUUUUUGUUUCUUCAGUCGUCUGCAAGAGCUGUAUGUGUAUAUGCUAAUAGGUCUACUUCCGAUAAUCUGAUGUAUGGGGUGUGUGUUGGCGUGUUUCUGUAUACCCCCUUAGCCUUUUGCUUUCGGGCUGUUCACACUUGAUUCUCAUCAGGUUCAGAACAGCCAUGUAAAUGUAGUGGUGUCUGCAUAAUAAUCGAGCCUUGUGAAGGACUGAGCAGCCGACAUGAUCGUCGCAAGUUA